AUGGCUGAGACUUUCGAGUUCCAGGCUGAGAUCUCUCAGCUCCUCUCCCUCAUCAUCAACACUGUCUACUCCAACAAGGAGAUUUUCUUGAGAGAGCUGAUCUCCAACGCCUCCGAUGCCCUCGACAAGGUUCGCUACAAGGCGCUCUCCGACCCUUCCCAGCUCGACUCUGGCAAGGAUCUGCGCAUCGACAUCAUCCCCAACAAGGAGGCUAAGACUCUUACCAUCCGUGAUACCGGUAUUGGUAUGACCAAGGCUGACCUCGUCAACAACCUUGGUACCAUUGCCCGCUCCGGUACCAAACAGUUCAUGGAGGCUCUCACCGCUGGUGCCGAUGUUUCCAUGAUUGGUCAGUUCGGUGUCGGUUUCUACUCCGCCUACCUCGUCGCCGACCGGGUUCGCGUCAUUUCCAAGCACAACGACGACGAGCAGUACAUCUGGGAGUCUUCUGCUGGUGGUACUUUCAACAUUACUACCGACACCGAGGGCGAGCAGUUCGGUCGCGGUACAUCCAUUAUCCUCUACCUCAAGGAUGAGCAGGCCGACUACCUGAACGAGUCCAAGAUCAAGGAGGUCAUCAAGAAGCACUCCGAGUUCAUCUCGUACCCCAUCUACCUCCACGUCACCAAGGAGACCGAGAAGGAGGUCCCUGACGAGGACGCUGAGGUUGAGGAGGUCGACGACGACAAGAAGCCCAAGGUCGAGGAGGUCGACGAUGAGGAAGAGGAGAAGAAGAAGAAGACCAAGACCAUCAAGGAGACCAAGGUCGAGGAGGAAGAGCUCAACAAGCAGAAGCCCAUCUGGACCCGCAACCCGCAGGACAUCAACCAGGAGGAGUAUGCCUCGUUCUACAAGUCGCUCUCCAACGACUGGGAGGACCACCUCGCCGUCAAGCACUUCUCCGUUGAGGGUCAGCUCGAGUUCCGUGCCAUCCUCUUCGUCCCCAAGCGUGCUCCCUUUGACCUCUUCGAGACCAAGAAGACUAAGAACAACAUCAAGCUCUACGUCCGCCGUGUCUUCAUCACUGAUGAUGCCACCGAGCUCAUCCCUGAGUGGCUCUCGUUCGUCAAGGGUGUCGUUGACUCUGAGGAUCUUCCCCUCAACCUGUCUCGUGAGACUCUUCAGCAGAACAAGAUCAUGAAGGUCAUCAAGAAGAACAUUGUCAAGAAGUCUCUUGAGCUCUUCCAGGAGAUUGCCGAGGACAAGGAGCAGUUCGACAAGUUCUACAGCGCCUUCUCCAAGAACCUCAAGCUUGGUAUCCACGAGGACUCCCAGAACCGCAACAUCCUUGCCAAGCUCCUCCGCUUCAGCUCGACCAAGUCUGGCGAUGAGCAGACCUCUCUCACCGACUACGUCACCCGCAUGCCCGAGCAUCAGCAAAACAUGUACUACAUCACCGGCGAGUCCACCAAGGCCGUCGUCAAGUCUCCUUUCCUCGACGCUCUCAAGGAGAAGGGCUUUGAGGUCCUCUUCCUUGUCGACCCCAUUGAUGAGUACGCCAUGACUCAGCUGAAGGAGUUCGAGGGCAAGAAGCUGGUUGACAUCACCAAGGACUUUGAGCUCGAGGAGACUGAGGACGAGAAGAAGGCCCGCGAGGCUGAGGAGAAGGAGUUCGAGGAUCUUGCCAAGGCUCUCAAGAACGUUCUCGGCGAGAAGGUUGAGAAGGUUGUUGUCUCCCAGAAGCUCGGCCUUUCCCCCUGCGCCAUUCGUACCGGCCAGUUCGGUUGGUCCGCCAACAUGGAGCGUAUCAUGAAGGCUCAGGCUCUCCGUGACACCUCCAUGUCCAGCUACAUGUCCUCCAAGAAGACCUUCGAGAUCUCCCCCAAGUCCCCCAUCAUCAAGGAGCUGAAGGCCAAGGUCGAGGCUGAUGGCGAGAACGAUCGCACUGUCAAGUCCAUUGUUCAGCUCCUCUUCGAGACCUCGCUGCUUGUCUCUGGAUUCACCAUUGACGAACCUGCCGGUUUCGCUGAGCGCAUCCACAAGCUUGUCCAGCUCGGCCUCAACAUCGAGGAGGAUGAUGCUGCUCCUGCUGAGGUUACUGCCGAGACCGAUGCUCCUGCUGCUGUCCCUGCUGACAGCGCUAUGGAGGAGGUUGACUAA